GUAAAAUAGAUCAGAUCAAUGUGACUGUCUCGCGAUUGGCAUCAGAGAAGAUAAAGCAGAACGAAAAGACAUUUGCUUUGAAAAUGACAGAUAUUUCUGUGCCGCGCGUGGAUGUAAAAAAAGAAAAAAAGAGGAAAUUCUUCUCUAGAUUACCCAUACGAACGUGGAAACGUCUGAGAACAAAAGAACCCGCUGCAUUGCGUCCUGAGAGGGACGCAACGAACGAUGUUAAGCUCCAGAAAGUGGAAAACGAGACUGCAAAAUUGAACAAUCAUCUAGAGAAGACAGAAAACGUUGACAUUCACACAAAAGAUCGCACAACCACAAUAAAUAGCAACGAUAUAAAACGGAGCGAGCGUUUCGGAACAGGAUCGCCCAGUGUUGAUAAAUCAGGAUUGACUUCCUCCGAUUUGAAGAGCAUAAAAAGGAUCAAAGACUUCAACGCGACAAGGAGAACAUACGAGCAAUGGAAGAAGAGGACGAGCAUCAAGUAGAAAUCUCACAAGAUAUCUCGAGA